AUGACCCUGAGUGCUGCUGAGGCAAUAGCUGCUGGCCUCGCAAUAGCCUUGAGGAUAUCCUCGGAGUGUGGACCCUUCAAUAAAGUGGAUACCUCCGGGUCUGAGACAGUCUACAGGAUUGUGUGGGAGUCAGCAAUUGCAAGGCCUUCCAAAUUUCUUCCUGUAGUAUUCUGGAUCCAUUGGGCCAUGAGGGAUCUGAAAUACCUGGGUGGUGUCUGUGAGUGCACCUGGGAGAUACCACACAAUGAUGGCAGCUAUGACAUUGUGUCAACAAACUUGGUACCCUCAUGGCCAGGAGGAGACCUGUCAAGCAACUUCUUCUCUCUCUCUCUUCAUUUUGGUGAAGAGUUUGCAAUUCUGCAUUUGCAGCACUUCACAGAGUGCUGCCACAUUGAGAGUGUUGUCCCUCCUCAACACUACCCAGCAAGUCAGGUCAAUCUAUCUGUGGUCCCACACUUGCUGGCACCUAUGGCUACCACAGGUUCCCGCAUUCAUUGUUCUGUGUGUCCUUCUCAGCAGUUCCAGCACAAUCUUCAAGCCAAUGCAAAGUUCAACACAGUGUCCUUCUCUGCUGUUUGGGAGGGUAGAGCUAUGGCACUUUUGGAUUCCAAUAUGCUACCUAACAAGAUCUGA